AUCCCCAAGAUCCCCAAGGCAAAUCCAGUUCCUUUGGCUUGAACUUGAAGGAAUUAGAGAGAUUUGAUAUGUGGUGGUAGCGUGUUCCUUCGUCAAAACAUUCGACGGUCCAAGAUGCUCUGUGCGCUAUGACAAUGCGACUCAUGGCCUGGAAGAGGGCAAUUUCAAACUUGAAUACGCCGUCUACCACGGACCUUAGUAGAAUCAAUGGUUCAAACCCGUUGUCGUUGCGCUCUGCGCCGAGCACGCCCCCAAAUUUCGGUGGGCACUCGAUAACAUUUGCUUCUCCAUAUACUUCAAUUUCAAAAUCGGAAAAAAAGAAGAAAAGUCUCGACAGGGACUUCUUCGUAUCGGUCCUCGAGACUUCAGUAACUAAAAGAGAUGCUAAGGCAUAUAUGAACAGAUUUGUGCCUCUUUUAGAAAAGAAAGGGGCGACGGGGUUCAAGCAGCGUGCAGCUCAGAGCCGUCCAGUAAAUGGCCUAGACACCACCAGAAAAGCACCCAGUGUUGAGGCCGUUGCUACACAAAUGAAUGCCGCUCAUGGACUAAAGCCUGAACUGGAUCUUGCGAUUCAGGUACCUCUAUAUGUUGCUCUGGUUAAGUUCCGCGCCCCUCAGGAAGUCAGUGAUGCUACUUUAGAUGGCGUAGGAAAGACGCUUGGCCAGCUCCGAAAGCUUGGAUUAAUUAGCAUCGUUGUGGUUGAAACUGGCAUCGCUGGAGAAAAUGAGGCCCACCGAAGACAAACAGCUACUGUGCAAGCUAAUCGAAUCGCUACGGCGAUAGAUAACUACGAUGCACCUGGGGCACGGGUUAUUGAUUCGCCAAUUACCAUCGAAUCCAUGCAGGAAGAAGAUUCUUCACCAUUUACUUCGCGUGGUCUUUUUGUCGGAAAUGCUCAUGACCUGAUGGCUGCAUUGCAAGAGGAGGUGAUUCCUAUCAUCUCUUCUUUCGGAUAUACUGCCGAUGAUUGCGCUGUUAAGCCUGUUAGUGCCAACGAUGCCAUCUUGGCUUUGACGAGGCAAUUAUCAGGCCUCCAAUUCCUAGGUCAGCCGGUCGAAGACUCGAAGGUAAUACAGACAUCAAGGUCUGCCGAGGUAUAUCGACUCAUCGUCUUAGAUCCUCUCGGAGGAAUCCCCGCUAAAAACCGGGCUACUGGAAGACACCUGUUUUUGAACCUAGAGCAUGAGUUUCAGGAGGUCCGAAAUGAUCUAACAGCAUCGACAUCCCCAAACUCGAGUCUCUCAAGCUCGAAUCGUUCGCAGCACUUGGAAAAUGCAGAGCUAGCGAAGAAUGUCUUGUCCUUGCUGCCACCAACUUCCUCCGCAGUUAUCACGACUCCUCAGGAAGUAGCAAACGAACACUCCUUGGAGGAUAAUUCUAUUGACUGGGCGCUUGUUGGAACGAGACGUGGACAGAAUCCGUUAAUACAUAGUCUUCUGACCGACAAGCCGAUCCAAUCUUCGUCAUUGCCGUCUGAACGCUUUAGACCCGUUACAUCCUCGACUGGCAUGGCUCAGAUCGGUUCAUUAACAACCUUGGCUAAACGCGGCAUGCCCUUAACCAUAUUCCCAGACCCUCGGGUUACUCCAUGGAAACCACCCCAGCCGGGACGAGGAAACCUGAACCUAACAGAUCCAUGUAUAGACCUGCCUAGGCUUGUGAACUUGAUUGAGGAUUCCUUCGGCAGGAAGCUCGACGUAGAGGGUUAUUUAAAGAGGAUACAUGGAAAUCUAGCCGGUAUAAUCAUUGCAGGGGAAUAUGAAGGUGGCGCUCUAUUGACUUGGGAGAAACCUCCGGGGGUAGAAGGUUCUGGAGCUGAUGUUCAAAGCCGGCUCGUACCCUACCUAGAUAAGUUUGCGGUCCUACGCAAGAGCCAGGGGGCAGGGGGGGUUAGCGAUAUCAUUUUUAACGCCAUGGUUCGAGACUGCUUUCCAAACGGGGUUUGUUGGAGGAGUCGGAAAGACAACCCCGUCAACAAAUGGUAUUUUGAGCGGUCGAGGGGCUCUCUGAAGCUAGGUGGCAUGAAUUGGACCAUGUUUUGGACGACCCCGGGCUUGGCUUUGGACGAGCAGAGAUUUAAGGACUACGAAAGUGUCUGCCGGGGUAUCGAGCCGUCAUGGGCAGAUUAGAAAGCUGUUGAUUGAAUAAGAGACAACAUAGCAAUUGGACCUACACGUAGACAAUUUCUGAUAUCUACCUAGGUUUACAUCUGCCCUCUUCAAGAGGGCUGAAUGUUGUGAGUUCAUCUUCAAUAUAUGAGCGUUUAGGCCAUUAGAAGUAUAUAGACAUUACAUAUGACCCAAUCACUGAAUGGUAGCUGUGUUCGUUUUAAUUCGUCAGAAAAUUUUUAUUCUCUGACGUCGGCCUCAUGUAUCAAUGUAUAUAAAAUUGUAUUGGCCAAAUAUUUGAAUAUUUACGUACAGGCAUUUCUCUACCUACCUAGGUUACCUGAUCAACUCACCUGCUUAGGAUGACGACGGAAAAUUUGAAGAGGAUACUGAAAAAAUCUUAUAAAAAACCUAUGCGUAUAAAGUUCUGAGUCAUCUCGUCGAGACCUUCUUGUUGAUAAUAAUUAAUGAUUAUCAAUACUCGGCGUCUU